AUGUUAUUUAUGGAAUCCUAUAUGUGCUAUUGCUCGGUGCGACUCGGUGUCAUCAUCGUGGCAGUUUUGGUCAUUAUACGAAGCAUGGCCCAGAGUAUUGUCCUUUUUACGAUGGGCGUGAAAUUCUUCGACCCCCUAAUCGAUUUGUUUGAGCAUGAUGCGGAGUAUAAGGACCGGAAGUGGGUGAGGAAGUACAUCAAUUGGAUGGAGAACUCUCCUGAGAGCUUUUCUGCGCUCUUUCAGGUCUUGUCCUGUUCGCAUAUGGCAGCUGCGGUAAUGAGUAUCUGGGGUGCUCUGAAGUUGCAGAAAUGGUUUUUGCUGCCGCUGGCCUUCUUUGAGUUUGUUUACUUUAUAAACAUCACCAUUUUGCACAUUGUCCUGAUGAUUAUGCUGAAGAAACAAAUCAACCUGGGUUUUCUUAUAAUUCUGACAUUGGUUGGUUGUUUUUAUAUAUUCUUUGUGGGCUACAACGCCUUCACCUGCGUGGCCAUGUUCCAGAUCAUAAGGCUGGUGAAGAGCUCUCGCUAUCGUGAGCUCUAUGGCGAUGAUCCUUUUCAUCCUUUGGCCAUGAAGCCUAGUCUCACCAACGAUUCCCAGAAGCCGCUGCCGGUGCUUCACAUGCACGACAUGCACGACACGGACAUCGACGAGCAGAAGCGUUUGAGCAAGCUGGGCUUGUGGCCAAGACGUCAUCCGCCGGUGGUCUCCGUGCUGCCCGUGCAAACGCAGUUCCCUCCGCCCCAACUCAAGUGGUGGCAGCAGCAGGCAUUGGACACCGGCGAGGACAAGGUGCAGGAUCCUUCUGUGUACCGAAACUGGCAGCCGCGAGAGCUGCUCAACGGAGUGGGUGGCGAGGUGCAGCGGAAGAAUGAUCUAAAUCGGCGUUACGCCGAAAGUCAGAUGCAUCGAUGGUACUGA